AUGCUGUUAGAAGAUCAUGAUGCGGUAUUGGAUGACCUCCGUAUGAACUUAAUCCGAGCCCAACAAAGAAUGACGGUUCAAGCAAACAAUAAGAGGAAGGAUGUGGAAUAUCAGGAGGGAGACAUGGUUUAUCUCAAGCUGAAGCCUUACCGACAACAAAGCCUAGCUAGGAGGAAGUAUGACAAGCUUGUAGCUCGCUACGAUGGUCCUUACAUAGUUUGCCAAAAAAUUGGGAAAGUUGCAUACAAAUUGGAAUUACCCCAUGAAAGUAUGAUCCAUUCGGUCUUCCAUGUUUCCCAGUUAAGAUUUGCUUUUGGUGUACCAAACAAACCCACUCAAUUGCCAGCCCAACUGUCUGGUGACAUGGAACUAAAGUUGCAACCAGAAGAACUGAAAGGGGUGAGACUCAAGCAAGGUGUAGAUCUAGGCGACAAGGAAGUUUCAAUCUAA